GCAAAGUAGAAGUCACCGGGGCCGAAUGUGUCUCUCGGUCUCAGGCGUCCGUCGAACGCGCAGCGCACACACUUAACCGGUGCAUCCACCCGCCGACGCACACGCUACAAGAACAUUUCCUCUUCUAAACUCAAAAACAAUUGAUAACACGCAGUGCGCAGCAAAUGAGUUAAUCCAGUGAAUAAAAAAACAUGCGGAAAAUGUGCGUGGCUAAAAUCAAUCGGCGGUGAACACGAAUGCUAAUUGCUCCGAUGUUAAAUUUAAAUGAAUGUGCAAAAGUAAUGAUUGCGUAAUGCGCGCAUGAGUAAAAUUUGAUUUUUGUGGAUUUUUUUGGUGGAAAUCUGCGGGAGAACUGUAAUUUUCGGCCGGUGUGGUGGCAAGUAUUGGAAAAUCAAUUCCGGGCCCUGAAGGCGGGUGGAGGCGGCGCGCCGGCGGUGUGCACGUGUGAGUGGCGAGUGUGUGCGGAAGCUGAGCCGGCGAAAACGCGCAAAACGUCGAUAAAAUUUAAUUUGCGGUGAAUUUUUUUGGAGGAUUUGGAGUUGAUUGUUGUUAGAUACAUUGAUGGUUAAAGGUCGUGUGGUGGUCGUUGCGGGGUGAUUUGAGGGUUUUGAGGGUUUUUCCGAAGAGAGGCGUGCGCAGCGGACCGGAAGAUGGGCAAGAAGGCCCGCAAGACGAGAUGGCGUGCACUGGCUAUUGAUACCGGUAACCAAAGUGAUAGUGAAGAAUCACACACUGCCACCCCCGGCGGCGGUAAAAACUACCACUACCAGAGUUCCUACGCGUCGACAACCGCGUAUAAUAAUCAUAGCCACGGCCACAACCACCACUACAACGGCUAUCAACCCGCAUCGCACUAUGGCGGCGUCUACCGCUCAUACCGAGGCGCAAAUGGCGCCGGCACAGCUACCACCAUCAGUGGCGGCGGACCUAAUACAAAAUACGCCUACAGUAGUCAAGGUGGCGCACCGCGUGGACGAUUCGGACAUCAUCCGCAUCACUACCACCACAACCAUCACUCGCAGGCGGCGGAGUGCAGGAAGGACGACGAUACGAAAACGACGCCCCAGUCGACCGGAAGUAAUGGGAUUGGAAGUGCAACUGGGGGCACGAACUCGGAUGGGAAAAUUACUUUUAACGAAGAUGAAUAUACGCGAAUUACUACUCCUCGACAAGACGUACUAUUCAAGAAGGGUUACCUGAGCAAGCCGAAAGCCUACCAAACGCAAACAUCGACCGGCGCCUCCACCAUUUCCACAGGCAACUCCACCGGCAACGGCACGCCGGAUCACCAGUCAGCAGAUGGAACGGAAGGCACCGACUUGGAAUACGAGUCGCAGUUUGUCUUCCCCAAUGGCUUCGUCGAUCAAAACGGAAUCUACUAUGUCAACAGUUUUGAACCUUAUCCUCUGGUUGUCUACAAUCCACCAAUGUGUUAUCCGGAAUACGUGUCAUCAACACGAUCCAAACGCCUAAGCACAGGAUCACUCACUGAAUCAACUUCUCCUCACAAUGAGGAAACCAGCCAGGAGCUAAGCCACUCUGGCGGUGAGACUGUCAACUAUCCAGAGUUUGGGCCUGGAAACGUGUAUAAUUUGGUCUUUCCUGGAUAUUACGGCUAUGGCGUCCCACCAGAAAUGGAAAUAUCUCAUGGUGAACCCCGCAAGAUCAAGAAGCGCCGCCGCCGAAAACUAUCCAAACCAGUCGAGGACAACUGGACCACCUCCUCCUCAGACGAUUACGACGAGUCCGAGGAGAUGGUCAGCGAGAUUGAGAAUCGGAUUAUUCAGGGUACCCACAGGCACAGACCAGUUACAGCUGACUCACCAGCAAGCAACACCACCAACAGUGAAGAAACACAUAAUACACAAACAACAACAGAAUUAGAACCAAAAGAAGAAAAAGAAGCAAAAGAAAAAGAAGAAAAAGAAGAAAGCAAAGGAGAAGUUAAAGAAAUUGAGGUUAUGUUGGAUGUAGAGGCAAUUGAGGUUAAGAAUAACGGAGGUAUACCAGAAGUAGUUGAAGGUACACCUGAAGAACCAGAAUCAACCAAUGGUACACCUGUUACCAAUGUGAAUGUUAAUGUGAAGAAAGUACUUAAAGCAGACGCCAAAGAAUUCAUCCCACGGUUCUUCCAUCAACCUCAUCAACCACACCAUCAGGCACACCAUCAACAUCGCCAUCCACAGCCACAGUUUAUAACCAAUUUGAUACCACUGCCGCCUUCAUUCCUACCAGCACCUCAUAUGCAUAUUCUACCCCCACCACCUCCACAACAACCACCAUUAUCAUCAUCAACUACAACCAAAGUGGUACCAUCAAGUCAAGAUAUAGAUAUACCAGAAGAAACAAACAAAGAAGUAACUACUUCUGUGAUACCUUCAACAUCACAACCACAAAAACCACAAAAAACCGGAAAUGAUAAUAAUAAUGCAAUUGUGGUACCUUCCCCCACUCCCGAAGUGGUAUUACCUUCAACAUCACUGGUCAACGAAGUCAAGGUACUUAACAAACCCAUUGACAUAGCCAAAAUUGUUUCCAAGUUAGAAGAAGCAGCCAAGGAGCAAAGACGCAGUGGUACCACCACCAAUGGUACCUCCCGAAUGGGCACACCUAGAUCCCGACGUAAUUACCAACGUACCAAUACCUCUAAACCCACACAACCCACACAACCCACACAAAGUGAGGUUAAAUCAACGAAAGAUAAUUUUACAUCAACUCCUGCAUCAAAUGUAUCUUCUGGUAAGAAUUACGCACAGAUGUUAUCGAAGAAAUCAGCUGGUACCAGCCCAAUGAAGAAAUAUGCUUCUCCUGCUAAAGAUAACAAUAAUAUAAGCACUGUGGCGACAUCUAGUCAGACUCCUUGCAUAACUACAUCUUCUCACAAACACACCUCUAAAGUGAUGGUACCUGCAACAAAUCAAAGUCAAAGUCAAUGGAUUUCAGUUCAAUCACGUAAAAAACGGAAGAAUAACAAACAAUGUGAUUGGGACGAUGAAGAAGACUUAAAUAUUAAUAAUACUAAUAAUAAAACUGAUUUUGAGGUUAAGGGAGUGUCAAAUAUUGAUGGUGAUGGUUUUGAAGCUUAUGACGUGUCGAAACUGGAAGAUGUCGUUGUGGUACGUCCCGAAACGGACAAUAAUACAUCCGUACCUGAUGUUGUUGAAGAUAUUGUUGAAACUAUUGCAGUUAUUGAAGAAACACCUAAACAAAUUGAUCAAUUAGAUCACAAAGCCGCUGAGGAGGAAGAGUUUGAUAAACUCAUACGUACCUUAGAAGAAUUGGAAGCGAAAACUCCACAGAAGAAGAAACCGGUUGUUAAUAAGCGUGUGAUGAUCACAGAUGUCGGUGUAGAGGAAGUCUUGCCUUUAACUAUCACCGAAAUCAAAGAUGAUGAGGAUACAAAGCCUAAUAUUAAGAAAACAAAGAAAUCUAAAUCUAAAACAACACAAAAGGUUGACAUAUCAAAAGAAAAUGAAGUUGUAGAAGUUAUUUCAGAGGUUAAACAUGAAAAAAUGCAUGAAACGUUGAAUGACUGUAUGCAACCAGUUAUACAGCUGAAUGUCACACAGGAUGAGUCGCCGGAUAAGAAUAAAAAGAAGAAAAAGAAGAAAACACCAAAGAAACCAACUCUAACCUUAGAUUCAACAUUAACACCACCAAUUUCAAUGCCGAAUACACCUUCAACCUCUGCUUCUGUUGUAGAUGAAUCAUCUUAUAACUUUUUACUCACCGAUUCCCUAUUGGAAGAAGAACGAACUAAUCUUGAAGUAUCUGAAGAGCUGGAUAAAAUCAUCCAACGUGGUAUGUUCACAUCCCUCGAAGAAAAGAUCAAAUCAUUGAAUAUCACAGCGAUGAAUGAUGGCUUCUUUAAAUCCAUGACGUCAUUUGUUGAUAAUACAACCAAAACAGGCAAGGAAGAUGAUUUGACUACGAUUUUGACUAAGACGACGAAUAUUUUCAAGGCUAAACGACCGGGGAAUGGCGCUGAGGUACCCGCAACCACCGGUUCUUUUUUAGACCUUGCCAGCCUCCACGAGGACCCUGGGAUUAGCACCCACGGAGGCCGGAAGGACGAGUAUCCCAUCACCAAGGCGGUGAAGGACUGGAUGGUGCGCACCAGGGAGACUACGCCCGAGAUUGAACUGCUCAAGAGUCCACGGACCAUAUUGAAAGAAAUAAGUGAGGUUAUAACCACUUCCAAUGCGAAUAUAAAAGAAUCAUGGAGUUUAACGCCGGAAUCUAGCUUUGAGGAUGAAGAUUUGCUUGAGUGCUGGGAUGAUUUAGAGGUUACAACUGAUAUAACCUCAAAUAAUCAUAUUGAGGUUAUGGGGGACGCCACAACAGAGAAACAGAAACAAAUUGAGGCAUCACUGGAGGUUUACGAGAGUAUGUAUGGAAAGAAUGAAGAUUUUAAGCUUAUAAAAGCGGAAAUUGAGGAGAGGAAGCGUAAUGGUACACUACCCAAACAUGGCGGACUUCCCUACCGCGCUGUAUGUUGCAGUGUGAUGUAAUGUUGGUUUUUUACGUUGAGAAAAACCAAAAAUAACCUACAAAGUUCAAACGUACAUAUUGUUAGUUGUUGACAACACGACACACUCAUAUACACUUACAUGAAUUGUUGGUUAUGUUACUUAAGAAGCAUAUUUUUAGUGUGAAAAGACAUGAAAACACGACGAAGAUGAUGAUGGACUGAACUAGCGCAUAAGUUGUUGGAGUUGUUGAGGUUAUGCACAGGCACAGCUUAUUGUUGAUGAUGAUUGACGUUUAAAAUAAAGCGAAAACAAGCAAAGUUAGGUUAGGUUAGGUUUUAGUUUUUAGUUGUGUUUAUUGUUUUGAUAGCGGUUAAGUUUUAGAUUCAACGAUGCCAUCCGUGGAAUGAUUUGUGAGGUUAUGCACGUUGAAGCCUAAUUCAUUAGAUUAAUUACACGUAAAGCAAUUUUAGAUGAUGCAUCAUGACGCAAUAAUGUUAAUUAAUUAAUUAGGAAAUUAUUUUGUAGUUGUUCAAAACCGUGAUAGUGAAUUGAAUUGAAAAAUUUAAGAAAAUGAAAUGAAAUGACGCGCUUGUGUUGUUGCGUGUUAGGUGGGUAGCCUACGGUUGUUCGUUCCUUUUCGUUGCGUUUGUUUGUUAGAUUUGAUGAUAUUACUUAGUGCGCAUGCGCAGUUGACGCCGUUUGAUUUUUUGUUUUCUGUUUUACACUCAACUCGAUUAUAAUAUUAUGUAAUAUGUAGUUGUAGAGUGCUCAUUUCGUCAUCGAGGACGCCAUUACGAAACGCGACGCCAUCUUGUCGUCGAUGUCAUCUUUCACUCACACUGACUCACAUUAAACACAUCGUUGAUAAAACUAUAAAAGUAAGAACUUUUUGAAAUUAAACCAAUGUUGAUGUAUAAAUAUCGUUGUGAAAUGGCAAGUUUAUGAUUAUUGGUAUGAUUUGACUGCGUUUUCGGUUGUUUUGAUGAGAAACAAUGUAAUUAUGUAAUAACAAUAUCCGCGUUUGUUCAUUUUGAGAUUUGUGCCUUUGCAAUUUGUAAAAAAUAAAUACAUUUCAACAAUGUUUUUGUUUUCGGCGUUGCGUGGCGGCCAUUUUGUUAUGUGAGGGAAUUUGAACUGUCAGUCAGUCCGAACUAAAUUCUUCGUACAUUUCAUGUGCAUUCAUCAUUUUUGGAAGCGAAAUUUAACAAAAUGUCGCCGAUUAUGUCGUGGAUUAACUUGAUUUUCUUCUCCAGCGCCAUUACGUUGGUGGUUUUAGGUUUUUAUCAAUUACUAAACUGCAAAAUUGGUUUCAGUAGUAUUCUGUGUAUGAUUAAAGCCAAAAUAAGACAAUACAGAUUAAGGAAAUGCAAGUAUGAGAUACCCUCCUACCCGGAAAACGAUGAUUACAUUGAAGGAAGCGACGGAAGUGACUGUGAAGCGCCACCUUACGAUAAAAACAGAAUUGUUAAAUAUUACGAACAUGCUCUCAAGCAAUACAAUCAUCUAAAUGAUUGUGAUAGACUUAGAAGACGAUAAACACUCUAAUGAUGUUAAUAUUACUAAAAUUAAUUUACAUAUUGUCACAUUAUCAACCAAUGUGUAUAUUGAAGUAAUUUUAACCUCAAAUAAAUUUCUAUUCACAUGA